AUGAACUGUUGCUUCUCCAGUUUGCCGAAUUGUCAACAGUUUGAAGACAUCAAGAACGUCAACCCAGUAAUUGGAUUUGGACCACCCACGCCAUACAAAGGUCUUGCCUACACUGCGUUCGGACUCGGAGCACCUGUUGCUGGAGCCAUUACUAUCCAGGCCUCUUCAAAGCCUAACGCUAUCUUCGCUCCAUACCUUCUCACCGACCCUCUCGCUAAGCCAGAGAUCUCCAGCUCGUACUCUGGCAGCCAGGUCGUCUCGUUCGACAUGAAGUCGGUUGCGAGUGGUUGUUAUGCGGCAACACAGAACGGGGCCUUGGCUCCAGCGAUCAGCUGCACGAUCCGCUACACUGGCACCAAGGCUACUACUGGCGAAGAAGUGACUUUCGACGCCAUUUUCUUGGUCAAAAAGUUGAACGCCGCGGGCGUUUCGCUCGGUCCCGAGCCAGUCCAGACGCAGGUCUUUCCUGCACGCUUCAGCGGCUUGAAGAGCUUGAAGCCCCGAAUUCUCACGGCGGCUCUUCCUGCAGUCGGCGGCUUGACGGCUCAGAUGGCACUCGACGACAUUACAUACACGGCAAAUGUUCGUAAAUAG